UAAGGAUGAAGUUUGUUUUUAUCCCUCCCCUUAAUUCCUGAAGGGCUGUGUUUGUCAUGUAUUAGGGGACACAACAGGUGGAGGAAUGACGGUGUUGAUCCAGGGGGCUUCAAACUGGAAGGAAUUCUGUUGAUCAUGUCGAGUGCCAAAUGUCAGAUCUUGUCCGGGGGGCCCCCAGAAUUCCCACCAGGACCCCUGAUUAGAGGCAUUCAUUAGUAAUUGAUGGUGUGGCAGAUGGAACAGUAGCAACUGUCUUCAGACGUCACUGCAGCAGGAUGAGUCAAGAACAUACAGAUUCAGGUUACACCAGGAUGUAGUCUGACAUUUCACACAUUUUUCUGAUUUGCACAGUUUGCAACAUAAAAUAUCUGACACCUGUGUUGCUUGUACUGAUUAAUAUUUGUUAAAUUUGCCCAAAAAACUUAUAAUAAAUCAAAUUAAAAAGCUGAGACUGUUAAAUUGACCAUAAGUGAACUUGAAAGAUUGUAAAAUAAAAAAAUGACAUAAAAUGUUGCCAAACAUGCCCGGCAUCCACCUGGCAGUCUCUUUUUCUGGACAAUCUACAAUAAAGAUAUUAUUGACAGUGACACAUUAUUACUCACUGUGUCACCCACACCCAUUUGGCAUCCAUUGGAAAAAAUGAUUUGCAACAGGGGUUGGUCACAAGACAAAAUCUGCCCAAGCAUCCUAAAGCGGAGUAGCAACAGAGAAGCCCAUUGGCCAAGAGGUUGCAGCAGCUGAGUAGCUAUGUAAACACUUUCCCUCUCUCCGUGAGCCCCAGUAAUUAUAGCCAGGAUGCUGGUGACGACAGUUGUCCCAUGGAGACUUCAAAUGCUGGAAUAAAUUUGACAUUAUGAUAUUUGAUCCCGGCUCCAAUGGCGCGCACACGUAAACACAAGGGAGCGGUAUAAAGGCUGGGUACCCCGGCUGGAACAGAAAGUUGUUUACCCAAUGCUCCGGACUUAACCUCGAUACUGAGGCGUGACUGUAGGAGAGGGGGCCCUUUAAAUCCAGUUCGCGGGGUUUUACGUAACACAGCGGAGGAAAACCGAGGGGGGAAGCACCGGAGAGAGGGACUUGACAAUUUGGCGACGAGGGGAGUGGAUCUGUUGGAGAGGCUAGAGCGCACAGCGCGCAGGAACUAGACCAGAGGGAGGAUUUACUGGAGGGCAGUGAAAACUUUAAUCUAGAACAAGUGUUUCCAGGCCAUUGAACCUUCCAUCCCACGCCAGCAACCCCACUGUGACCUCUUGACAGGAAAGUGAAACAGGAGAAAGGGGAAAUUGCCAUUUAUAAAAGCCCUUGGGUAUUGAGUGGCCUGCGUCAUGGCAGCCAUUGAUCUGGAGCGUGGGCUGGAACACAGUGGCCGAGGCUGGGGGCAAGAGAGGCCGGAGCUGAUGGACAACUUCGACUCAGAGAUGCAGGAGUGGGAGGACCAGCUGCAGGACAUCCAGAGAAAGAUAGAAGAGCUGUACAAUGAAGUUCAGGCCCGCAGAGGAGGAAACGAUAUCACUACUGACAACCAGAAAAAUGGCAGUGAGUUGGAGUGCAGCCAUGGCAAUGGCCUUUUUAUGCCUGCCCAUCACAGCAAGAAUCACCCGGGAGCUAUAACGGUGCCACAUCACUAUAGUAACGGCUGUAACUAUAGCCCCAGUGGGUACAGCUACCCCGUGAGUCAUCAGAAUGGUUAUGGUUAUUGCCACACCAAUGGAGUUUCAGAGAUCGGAGACUUAUUGCAGGAUUAUUUGGGCCAGGGGAAACAAAUGAGCCGGAAGAACAAUGGAGCUCGCCACGUGCACUUCAGUGACACAAUCAAGGUGAGCCAGGAUGUCCCUGUAUACCAGGAUCAGAUCAAAAAAAGAUCUGGAAAUGAAAGGGUUGGUCAAGAGCAGUUUUCGGGCAGUUUUGAGGAGACUGAAAACAGAAAGAACCAAGUGUCUCACAUGAAGAACUCCCCCCGCAGAGAGAGUUCCCCCAACAAACCCAAACCCCCUCUCGGACAGAGGGAUGCUCCUUCUGUACAAUCACGCUCAACCUCGCAGCUUCCAAUCACAGCCGCUGAAUCUCCUGCUCUGGACAGGAAGUGCUUCAGUCCAGGUGUCCUCGGAGAUAGGAAGUGCGGCAGCCCCUCUGUUCUCAGGAAGUUCGGAGCCAUGCUACAGGAAAAUGAGGGCAAAAUGCUCACUGAAUCAGGAGUGGUGACCCAUCAGGGACCAGUCCCAGAGCCAAAGUGUCCCACCCCUGGCUGUCAGCGCAGAGCCCUGGGAGCCUCUGCAGUCGCCGGCAGGGCGCCCAUGCGCGUGCCUACCCAGAAAUGCCAAGCAGAUUCCGACGUGCUGACAGCAGAGAUAGAGCCCAGCCAAGAAUGGGGGUUAGUAUCGGACUCUGGUAGACAGAACCACAAGGAUCUGAGAGGAACCUACAGCGGUUCCAAAGGAUCCCACCCUAGUCCCCAGCAGUCCCAGAGGAGAUCACAGAUGGCAGGGAGCCCAAGGGUUAGACCCAGGGCGAACAGUGUGGCUGAUAGAGAUGGAGGACUGGCUCAGGGAGAGAGAGGAAGGAAGCCUGCAUCCCAUCUUGUGGAGCCCAAAAUGGACUACAGGGUCUCAAGUGCCUCAUCUGGAGCUCAGAAGAUCCAGAGGGGUGGGUUAGCGGGUCAGUCAGAGUUGCCAGGUUGUGGCAGAGGGAGGGAUGAAGGACUUAUUGAGCUGCUGGACAUGCUGGAGAUCCAACACGAGUACAGCUCCAGUCCCAGAACAGGACACAAAGUUUACAGACAGGAUCCACGGCAGGCAAAUCCAGCUGAGUUGUCCCCAGCAAAUCCCAAGAAGAGCUUCUCUCGUCCUGCGCGGCCAGCCAACCAGCGACCUCCUUCCAGAUGGGCCAGCCGCACCCCUACUGCCAGGAUCACCGCCCCGUCAGGCCCAGUAUACCGCCCCCCAAGCUCUAUGACCCGCUCUCCUAGCCCAAUGACCAGAACCCCAAGCCCUGCCCUGAGGCACCGGCCUCCCAUUUCAUACUCUCUUCAGACUGAGACUGUCAUUAUGUGAUAACCGUUUCCAUUUCAAUAAAGCUUGCUCCCUUCUGAAAGCCCACCCUAACACCUUUUGUCUGUGUAAAUAGUAAGGACUUUCAAACAAAGUGCUUUAAGAGAGUCGCUAAGAAAUGCUUCAUGUCAUCUUGAUGUAAUGUUCAAACCAGAACACAUCCACAACAUUCUCCAGUGUUGCUGUGGUUUUUUUUUUUUUUUGCUUUUUCUGUGCCAAAACUUGGUCAACAUAUUGAUAUAUUGCUUUGUUGCAGUUCCCCCCUCAUCCACUUUCCUCCAUUUUUUUUUGUUUGUUUGUUUUUUGUAUUGAAUUUCAGGUGUUUUCCUGUAUAAUGAGAUUUUGCAUGCAGCCCUAGUUUGAGGGUGCAUGCUUCUGUGUUCAAUCCUCAUGGUUGCCAGGUUGAAUCAAAUUCAACCUGGCCACCAGUGCGAGUGGAUUAAGUUGCAACUGUGCCCCCCAGCAGCAACCUAACUGUCAACAACAGUGUGUUUUACUGUAUAAUAUCGUCAAUGUAAUAUAUUUAAGAUGUUCAAAUAACAGCUGUGAUAAAUGACUAUGAUAUGCCUUUAAUGUAUUUUUUUCUUGGUAAUAAAUAUGA